AUGGCUUUCCCGAUGUUCGCAUUACGGCGUGAACAAGAUGCGCUGGUGCGUCUAUCCGGGGAGCGCGCACUGCGUUCGCGGCAAUGCCGGGGGAGGGGGGGGGGGGGGGGGGGGCAACGGCUUGGCGCGGGCGCGGCAAAAUGGCGGUGCUACCGCAACGUAGCGGCGCUACUUGAUCUUAUUAAUCUUCCUCGCGUUCUCCUUCGUCCUGACCGAGGUCUCCACGGUAAAGUCCUGGACUUCAUUAAUCAGCUUAUCCUGAUAGUCGAGCUCAUUAUUCAUAGCGCCCGCCAGGGCUUGCAUGUCCGCCAAGGCGCCGGAGAUCUGAUCCAAGUCCUCGUCCUGCUUGCGCAUGACGUGCGCGACGCCCUCGGAGUACUGGGAAUAAUCCUCGUGGACCUCCCUAGCAUCCCUCACGGCGGGCGGGGCGACGUCCUUCUUCCUCCUGCCAAUGCGGGCCCUCCUCGGCGGGGAGGCCUCGACCAGCUCUGCGCCAUCAAGCAGGGCGUCCCUCUCCAAAUCCUCCAAGGAGACGGCGGCGGGGCCGUCUCCCUCGCCCGCGGCGCGCAUGCCCUUGAGGUCGACGGCGUCGACGCCGCCCCUGCGGAGCUCCUCGCGCGCGUCGGCGUCCUUGCGCGACGUCUUGACCUUGUCCAGCCCCUUGCCGCCGGCCUUCUUGCGCGCGAACAGACGGGCCAGCUUGGGGCGCGCCAUCUUGUCGAUGAUGCGCUCCGACUUGUCUAG